AUGGUCAAACCGCAGGUCAUCUCACACCCACGCAGGAUAUUGGCGGUGUCGUUGGAAGACUCAACGGAGCACCUCAGUCGCGUCAUCAAAGGCCUCACCGGCGUCAGUCCAGAGCCCGCCUCACCAACAUCGUCACUUGCAGGCACGACCCACGACCUCAGCCUGCAGACGGCCUACUACACAGCCACAGUUCCCAUAUGGCUGGACCUCAUCACCACCGCAUCCGAGUGGGCCGGCUCUUUCCUUUCCCCCGAGGCCAAGGAGGUCCUUGAAGUGCUGGGCGGAGUGGUCGUUGUGUUUCACGUCUCAGCAUCCACGUCGUCCUCUCAAAACAAGGACCUGAUCAGGGAGGUCGGGAGGGUCGUCAAGGAGGGACUCGGCGGAUGGGAAUGGGACGGCGUGGGGCUUGGCGUCGGCAUCGGUGAAGUGCCACACCUCGACGACUUGGACGUGUGGGACGAGCUCUGCGGGGACGCCGGGCUUGAGUUUGUGCACGUUGGCUCAUCCGCCACUCCGGAUGAUACAAAGAACGAGUUUGGUGAGAAAAUGGGCAUUCCUCGUGUCCUCGAGGCUCUGGAAUCAAAUGACUGGGAUUCGCUUGCGACAGCAGAUGAAGACGACGACUUAGCGGCACUGGGAGACGGGACGAGUCGAGGCGUAGACGAUGAGGAUGGAACUGACCUGGACCCGGAGAACCUGGAUUUCGGUUUCGACAGGGAAGACUUUGAGGGUCUGAAGAAGGCAAUCUGGGAGGCCCGCGCAGAGCGCGAAGGUGACGAUGGAGACAACCAGGCAAUAGGCGGUAAGCCGAGCGACCUCGACCAAGCAUCAGCUCAGGCCAAAAAAAUCGAUGAUGGUGGCGACGAGCUGGGAGACGAAGACAUUCAGAAGGUAGAGCAGAUGAUGCGGAAGCUGCAGGCUGUCAAGGACAUGAGUGCUGGUCUGCCAGAGGACCAGAGGAAGAGGAUGGCUGCCAGAGCCGUGGGCGAGGUCAUGAAAGAACUGUGA